UCAGGCCAGCAAGAUAAUUGGCUCCACCCAAACAGAACUUUACACCCGUCCAGUAUAUUAGAUUGAAAAGCCACUAUAAUCAUUGUUUAAAGUCAUGACAGUACACACUCCUGUAGGCGAUAUUUUUUUCCCACGCCAAGACCCGCCCUUAAAUAGCAUUCACACACUACUAUUGGCCAGGCGUGGCCAUUGGGAUUCGUAAUUUUGCCUCCGGUAGGUGGCAUUGACAUAUGUACGUAGGUGGCUACUCACCAUCAGCGGAACCGGAUGUUACUCUUUGAGCAGUAGUAGCCUAACGUGAGCUAGUAGAAACAGCUCGGUUUGUUGUGUUUUCUGUUUCUAUAAUCGCAACAGGAACGUUACUGAUCCAUCAGAGCCUCUGUAUGUCUGGAAACCCGGAUCACUUUGCGCUGUUCACCUUCUUUCCCCUGAAUGUUUUACUUCGGAAUCAUCUAGCUAGCUAUUAAGUUAGCUUAGCAUGCUAAGUGACUGUUUGGUGGAGAGGUGUUUUGACCGAGUUUGUGUGGACAAAAACAGUUUGUGUGAUUGUGUGAAGAUGUCUAAGGUCCAAAUUCUGAGAGCGUUGGUGAAGCAGCGACUAACCGCGGCUGCUGAAGAGAUAUUUGGGCUGUUUGAAAGAACGAUAGCAGAGUACGAGGAGGAACGGUGUCGGUCAAAAGAGGAGAACGAGCGACAACGGAAACGUCUGGACGCUGAUGUCCAGCAGCUGUCGGUGAGGGAAGAAGAGGUUCCCCCUGAGCAGCGGGAGUGGAGCUCCAGUCUGGACCAGCAGCACCCAGAGCCCCCACACAUUAAAGAGGAACAGGAGGAACUCUGGAUCAGUCAGGAGAGAGAGCAGCUUCAAGGGCUGGAGGAGGCUGAUAUCACCAAGUUCUCAUUCACUCCUGUCCUUGUGAAGAGUGAAGAUGAUGAAGAGAAACCUCAGCCCUCACAGCUUCAUCAAAGACAAACUGAACUGAUGGAAACAGAAGCUGAUGGAGAGGACUGUGGAGGACCAGAACCAGCCAAGAACUCAGAUCCAGAUAGACAUCCAGAACCAAAAACUGAUGACAAGACUGGAGACUCUUCUGAACCUGAGACUGAUGACAGUAAUGAGUGGAAAGAGACCAGAGAAGCUCAGCCAGGUUUAAACUCUUUAGAAAAGAAAGCUGUUCAUGCCUGUGAUUCGAGAUGCAGUAGGCCUGCUUGUCAGAAACCAUUUAGCUGCUCUGAGUGUGGGAGAAGAUUUGGCUGCAAGUCCCAUCUGAAGGGUCACAUGAUGAUCCACACAGGAGAGAGACCUUUCAGCUGCUCAGUUUGUGGUAAAAGAUUUGGUCGCAAGACACAUCUGAAGGGUCACAUGAUGAUCCAUACAGGACAGAAACCUUUCAGCUGCUCAGUUUGUAAUAAAUCUUUUGCACGGACUAAUACUUUGCGGUUGCACAUGAGAACCCACACAGGAGAGAGACCUUUCAGCUGCAGUGUUUGUGACCAAAGAUUCACUUGGCUCCUUCAGCUCAGAAACCAUCAGCGUGUCUGUUGUCAGUCCUCACAGCUUCAUCAGAGACAAACUGAACAGAUGGAAACAGAAGCUGAUGGAGAGGACUGUGGAGGACCAGAACCAGCCAAGAACUCAGAUCCAGAUAGACAUCCAGAACCAAAAACUGAUGACAAGACUGGAGACUCUUCUGAACCUGAGACUGAUGACAGUAAUGAGUGGAAAGAGACCAGAGAAGCUCAGCCAGGUUUAAACUCUUUAGAAAAGAAAGCUGUUCAUGCCUGUGACUCGAGAUGCAGUAGGCCUGCUUGUCAGAAACCAUUUAGCUGCUCUGAGUGUGGGAGAAGAUUUGGCUGCAAGUCCCAUCUGAAGGGUCACAUGAUGAUCCACACAGGAGAGAGACCUUUCAGCUGCUCAGUUUGUGGUAAAAGAUUUGGUCGCAAGACACAUCUGAAGGGUCACAUGCACUCUCAUACAGGACAUAAACCUUUCAGCUGCUCAGUUUGUAAUAAAUAUUUUGCACGGAAUGAUUAUUUGCGGUCACACAUGAGAACCCACACAGGAGAGAGACCUUUCAGCUGCAGUGUUUGUGACCAAAGAUUCACUUGGAUUCAUCAGCUCAGAAACCAUCAGCGUGUCUGUUGUCAGUCCUCACAGCUUCAUCAGAGACAAACUGAACAGAUGGAAACAGAAGCUGAUGGAGAGGACUGUGGAGGACCAGAACCAGCCAGGAAAUCAGAUCCAGAUAGACAUCCAGAACCAGAAACUGAUGACAAGACUGGAGACCUGAGCCUGAUAGGCAGUGAGGAUCAGACGGAGACCACCUCAGUCAGGUUUAAACACUCAACAAAAUAAUGAAAUCCCAGUGCGAGACACUUAUUGCUGACAAAAAAAUAGUUGAUCUACUCUGAGUGGGGAAGGAGAUUUGUCCUCAGAAAUCUGAAGAGAUACAAGGCUAUAGGCCUACUGUCCACACAGGGGACAACGUGCAGUCACAUGUCCAAGAGUGACUUCCAAAGCAGCGGCAGUAAAACUGCUGGUUCAGAUGAAACUUUCAGCGGUGAUGAAACUGUGGAGCAAUCACUAGACUGGCGGACAUGGACGGACUAUCAGCCGCGGCUGGUUCGUGGGACUGAACGAGACUUGCUUCCUCAACGUGAAACUGUGCGGAGUGACAUGACGACGCGAUCUCAGCGCUGAAGGGGAGGAACCAGAGCGCGGUGCUUUCAACUGCUGCAGACACCACCACCACCACAACAAGAAAAAGCACCGGCCGCGCUGUGCUCAGGAGAAUGCCUAGGAUGACCAUACAUGUAUACUCAACAAAUCAUGAAAAACUCUGACAAUGAAUACAAUAAAUAUAUUUUAGUAAUAUU